AUCAAAUAGAGAAGAUAGCGAUUCGAUAUCCGAAACAAUCCCAUAGAGAUUCCUCGGUUUGGUAAUCGAAUUAAGAGCUCUGACGAGCGAUUCUGAAUCUGUUUUGAUCCAGAUUUUGGAGAUUCCGAGAUGUUGAGCAUGAAGGAGUGCUUCCCUGAUUGCUAAACCUUUGGCCAUAAGGGCUGAAGAGACCAAUCUAUGGACUUGCGAUCCACUGGUGACGGGGAGGGUGCUUGACGGGUUGAAGAUUCAGGCGAGCCCCGCUAGAUGUGUCUCCACUCUCCAAGCCGCAUCGGUGUUGCAAAUGAUAGAUAGUACCCGGCGGCACUGAUUUGACCGGUGUCCUUGGCUUGUGGUCUCUCUGUGUGGGAGUAGUUGAAGCCUGAGCCAGCGACCAUUCAUGUGCUCCCGCCAAGGCUCUGGUGACCGCUGCUAGGGGAGGAGAUUUUCGCGAUUCGAAGAUCUUAUGGUUUCGCGCCGUCCAGAUGUUCCAGCAGAUCCAAGAGAAGAGGUUCCCCGUGAUUCCGCAAGGAGGUAGUGUUAUCCAAUUAGCUGAACCCUCGACUGCAGCAGAGAAGGUUGUGUAGUUGUCUGGGAGGAAUUCAGAUGUGAUUGGUGCUUGUUCCCAAAUCUGUUUUGCGAAGUUGCAGUGGAGAAAGAGAUUAUCACCUGUGGGGAGUGCUCCUUUGAUUGCUUUCCAUAAGAAGAGUUGUAACUUCGGAGAUGUCUGAACAGAUCAGAUGUAGCGUUUCCAAUUGAAGGCGCUUUGUGUCGACAGUUCCACGGGAGUGAUCAUCUGGUCUGCAAUGGCUGAGGCAUACCCUGAUUUGGCGGUGCAGAUCCCGUUUGUAGUUGGAUACCAGAUGAUCCGUGUGUGAUGAGGUCAGAGACAUAUAGGUCUCUUGAGUCUUAUUUCAAAGGGCCGCAGGGGAUCAUAGCUUGUGUGGUAGAGAUCCAAGGAUCAAACCAAACUUUUGUUUCAGUGCCAUCUCCCACAACCUUCCCCAGGUACAUGCCUAUCAGUACCAGAAGCAGCAAGGAGGAAUUACUUUUCUUCUCAGACCCAACACAUUUGGAACGCUCGAUUCGCAAAGAGAAACGCACAUCAUCGAUCGACACUACCUCUACUACGUCUAUGGACACCACCUCUACUACGUCAAUCGACACUUGUGACAGAGCAACGAUCGACAGUUCAACUCGAACAUCGAUCGAUACCAAUCCGCGAGCAAACAUGGUCGCGACACUUGUGCUAUAGAGGGAUGAGAAUGAAGACCUGCAUGACCCUGGAGGUCAUCUGUGUAAUGCAGCAGGUCAGAAGAUAGAUGGACAAGGGACUGCAAUCCUUGAGCCAUCUGCAGCCACCGAGGAUGCUAAAGUUCCUCUUCAGGGAACACUAGCAGAUUUGAUCAGGCCUAGUCAGUUCUAUACCAACAGGUCUACAAUUCGACCUCUAGAAAUCCAGGGAUUUCAAAUACACCCCACACACUUCUCUCAUGUGGGUCAGCACCCUUAUCAUGGUCUUCCUGAUGAAAAUCCCUCGGCUCAUAUUGAGACACUCGAAGACUUUGUGUCUGGCAUCCAGGAGGAUGAAGCAACCAAAGACUACAUCAUCUGCAAGCUGUUCAAAUAUUCUCUCUGGGAAUGCUAAAAAGUGGCUGAGAUGUCUACCACCAGGAUCUCUCACUACAUGGAAUGAUGUCAGGACUGCGUUUAUGACUGAAGAGAUGAGAGAUAAAAUUUGGAAAUUUUCUCAGGGACCUACAGAAGCUUUCAAAAGCUCUUGGGAGAGGUUUAGGAGAUACCAAAGGGACUGUCCACAUCAUGGUUUAACGGAGAUUCAGCUGUUGAAGAAGUUCUGCAAGGGUCUUGAUGUGCGAUAUAAUAUGAUGCUGGAUGCUGCAAGCGAAGGAAACUUCGAGACAAGGACCCCAGAGGAAGCUAAGAGGCUGAUUGAGAACUUGAUGUCUAGCAACAGUUCCAAAAAUCUGGAUAUGCCCAGGAUAAAAUCAGCUGCAAUGGAUAGUGACCAGAUCGUUGAGGCUGAGAUUGGUUCUGUACAUGAAGUUUCAUUGCUGGAACAAGAUUUAGAAAAUGAAGAGAAUCAAGACCAUAUUCAGAUGAUGGAAAAGAUCCUAAAAUUCAGCAGAAGAUGAGUGCAUACUUAAAUCUGAGGUUGGAUGUUCUCUACAAAGAGCUGAAUGGAAAAUUUGAAACCUUAGAUGCCCAUGUCAUGAUGCUAGAUGCCCAUGUUUCUCAGACUGCAGAAGCUGUGAAGAAGCAAGAAGCUCUGGUCAAAGGGAAAGCUGUGGAAAGUGAGAAGCACCAGGUUAAUGCCAUCUCAGAUGAUGACCUUGGGGAAGUGCUCGAGCAGGAGAAGCUGGAAGAAGAUGAUUUCCUAGUCGAAAGCUCCAUGUCCAUAGGCAGCUCGUACUGGUGUCGACCGACACAAACAACUGCGCAUCGAUCGACAUCAACAGCUGAGCACCGAUUGACAUCAUCAGCCGAGCAUCGAUCGACACCGCUUUUGGGAUCAGACAAAACUAUUCGAAUUUAGAGCCACUCAGAUUUUGCUGCUCGACACCCGCAUCCUCCCACCCUAGCUCGAGUUAAAUCAGAUAACGUCAACUGGCAACAACACGAAAAAAUCGAUCGACAACAACAUGGAAGCGUCGAUCGACAACAGCAAAAGAGCAGCGAUCGACAACCGUCAAUGCCAUACCGAGUACGUUUCCCAGAUCUUGAUGCACACCACUUGAAGGCAACUCGAAAUCCAUCUCAGACAUCAGUUUACUUGAAGACAACAGAGAAGAUAAGUCAGCAAUCUGCAGAAGCACCAGAGCAAGAGCAAUCAGCCCUAGCUGAAACCUCUUUCGUAAAAAGUGUUGAUCAACGACAUCUACUAGGUAUCGGUCGACACCAAACAGACGGAUAUGAACCUGCCAUGGAAAAGCAGGCAACGAAAGAAGAAAUUCCAGCUGAGAAGGGAGUGAAAUCUAGGAAACCCUAUAUUCCCAAACACCUCAAGAGAGAAGUUAACAAAGGGGAACUUGAAGGAUUUCACAAGAGGGGGAAUAGGGUUCCUAAGGAUAUGUCUUUCGAGGAUGCAUAUCAUAAGUAUAGACUUGGUAAUUUCUUCAAAGAGAGUAGAGAGACUGAUAAGGACAUUGAGCUUCUAUUCAAUAAGGUCAGCCGUAAACCCAAGAGGACACUGAAGAAGGAGCAAGAUCCUGGAAAGUUCUUGAUUCCAUGCUCUAUAUAUAGCCACCAUUUACCAAACGCCCUAUGCGAUACUGGAUCUGCAGUCAGCAUCAUGGCCAUUGACACUGCUGAGAUAUUAAGACUAAAGAUGAAACCUUCUAAAGAUAGUUUCACUUUUGUGGAUAGCUCCCGAGUAAACUCAACAAGCAUGAUCAAGAAUGUUAAGGUGGAGAUAUGGGAAUGCAUUAUCCCUGUGGAAUUUCAUGCUAUGGAUAUCAAAUCAGGCAAGACAUCUCCACUCCUUUUUGGAAGAGCCUUCAUGGUUACAGUAGGGGCAGUUUGUGAUCUUAAGAGAAAUAAGAUGUGUCUGACUAAUAUUGAUGAAACUGUCUUCUAUGAUCCCAUGGAAAAAAAGAAAAGUGAGGAGCUUAUUUCAUGCAUAGAGAUGUUUGAAGAUCCAUGACCUACAACUGAUUCCAAUCGCGAGCCCACAAUACCAGAAUCAGCGUCGGUCGACAUUAGAAUUGCAGCAUCAGACGACUCUCAGUCUUCAGAAUCGAUCGACACGAAGCCUUCAGCAUCGGUCGACACCCUACGAAUUUCAGAACAGCCUGAGACUGAAAAGUCUAAGUCUGGGGGAAGGACCAGGAAUAGAAAGAAGAAAAAGAAAAGGAAUGUAGAUGCCGAUUUCCUGUCACUAGUCCCUUUGCAAUGUCAAGAGGCAAGUCUUGCGUACAGAGUGCGCUGUAGAGGAGGUUCUGAAUCCUUUACCAAAGUCAGAGUGCUAUGUGAUCCAGAGCUGAGAAACAAAGGGGAAGCUUCUGUAAGAGCUUUUAUCAACUGCAUCAACAAGAUGAGAAAGAUAGACACUGAGACUUAUUCUGGAGGAAGUUCACAUCCUCAUCCAGACUAAAUCAGAUAUACAAAAGUCAAGCUAAUGACUAAAAAUAAGCGUUGAGUGGGAGGCAACCCACUAUUAGGUAAUGUCAUUUAGUUUAGUCUAGAUCAUUACUGAUUUUCAUUUUACAUUUAUUGAAGGUAAAACAAAAAAAAAAAGA